GGCCGGGACGCCUGAUCUAAUGCUAUGACAGGGGUAUCAGCCCCCUCAACCCCAAUGUAACGCGUUCCGGACAUGCGCAAAUGGAACAUGUACAGCCUGACCAAGAGAUAUCAUGGAUGUGAAGCUUGCCGAUUGCUUCAUCGAGUCGGUGGCCGCUGCCAACAUGGCACAGCAGCUUCCUGACCUUACGGAGACGGAGUCGGAGAGAUUUCGAGAGGUGGAGGAAAAGCAGAAUAGCUUCCACAACUGGUUGAGGUCGAAGAAUCUGGCCCCAGAGGCAACAAGAGCAUUCGGCUGCAGAACCCAGGGCGACUUUGUACAGUUCUGGUCGGAAAUCAGUGGAAACGCCCAAUCGCGGUAUAAUGCAGACCAUAAAAAGGGAUGGCGCCUGUGGUCGAAGCGAUAUCAAAACUUCUCGGGCGGAGUCACUGCGUUCAUGAAGGAUAUAGAACCCGUGCUUGACAUGGUGAAAGCGUUUGGCGCUCCCUAUACCGGACUUGCAGUUGGGACGCUGACCGGACUGUUCGUGUUUGCAGGAAGGAAGAACUCUAUGGAAGGUCGCAUCUCCUCCGCACUAGAAGGGGUCAAAGACAGGCUGCCCGGCUUCCAGAUGUACGAGUACAUAUACAAGGCCGACAACGAUCUGGAGAAAGAUUUGAGGAAAAAGAUUUUGCUUGCCUACCUUGAAUUCAUUGAUCUGUCGAUUGAGAUCACGAGAUAUUACUUGCGGCCAGGAAUUUACCGCUGGAUGAUAGCAUCCUUCCAUUCAAACAAAUUCAAUGACAUGACGGAGACCGUCUUCGACCGUGUGAUGGCAAUCCGAUUGAGAUGCGAGGAGUUGCUGAACCGUAAUAUUGCCGCGAUAAAGCAACAGAAUGAAGAGCUCCAGCGAGAUAAUAACACCAGCCAUCUUAUUGAGAUACGGACUCUGUUGGGUCUCACCUCCUGGACGGCGGAAGCACAUCAGGAGGCGCUCAAAGAGUACAAGUUGCGGCUGAAUAGAGAGCGUGCUGAAGAGACUAAUUAUGAACAACUGUCUCUCGGCAGCAAGCUCCGACGCGACCCUGUGAUAGCUGAAUGGGAAACGAGCGGCCAGUCAAGACUGCUCCUUCUUGUUGGGGUGAACAAUGAAAACAUUGCGCAAGGUAAACGGUAUAAUUGGGUGUCAGGGUUUGCGCUGGAGCUAGCAGACAGCUUUGCAAGCGUUCCUACCAGUGCAGCGCCGGUUGCAGUCCAUGUCUUCGACCCAAUUGAUCGAUUGCAUCCGCAAUCCAUACACACCGCGUUACCAAUUGUGCUGCUCCAGCUGCUCAGGCACCGGCAAAGGGAACUCGGGGUCAAGUUCGCUGAACAUCGUGAGGCCAUAAUGGCUGCUGUGUACAAAUUUUCUGCGUUGGAGACAUCGGAGAACGAGGACGAUGAGGACGAGGACAAAGUCAACGCGCUGAAAGACCUUGCCGUAAAAGUGGUGAGUUUGUAUGAGAGGACAGCAACGGUGUAUAUUGUCAUGGACAGGGUGGACAUCUGUCGCGAUCAAGAUCAUUAUGAGCUGAUUCGCACCCUGGCCACAAUCAUGCAACAAGCACAAUGCGUGGUCAAGGUGCUCCUGGUGGCAGAUGCAUUGGGUUGGGAGGUGACCAUAAAAAGCUUGGGGUUGGCAAACACCUCGCAAUUGAGCGUCAAAGAGUUAAGACAGGGGAUGCUGUAUGAUGAAGGAUACUAGAAUCAAC